CAGAUUGCCGAAAAGCCACUCUUACUAGCUUUUGUCCUGAACAACAAAUAUGGCUGCGACUAUGAUAGCAAAAUCGCUGAGGCCGGGCGCACUGCCCCGCGCCGAGCGAGAAGGGCAUGGCGGAACCCUGGUUGUUGCGCCCGCCUGGCCCAAAUUUGCAGGCUUGCGCGCGUCUGCAGCAUCAUGGCAAAGGCAGAAUUCGAAGCGUGAGGGGCCGAAGUCUGUACCGGCGACGAUGGUUGCGGCCAGGGCCGCGACGGUUGAUGUGGACUUGCUCUCCGAUGACAGCUAUCUCACUGGGCCGGCGCUGCUGAGACAAGUUCUGGGCCGUCAAAUCCUGGGGAAGAUGGCGGGAGCUCCGGCGGACGCGUUGAAGAAGCUGGGCGUCUCCCGGUUGCGGUCGCCGCCACCGCCCGCGUCCUUCCGGGCGCUGGAGGCGGAGCUGGCGUCAGCGGCGGCGGCCGGGGCCGACCCCGCGGCGGCACUGCGGCGGCACCUGGGGCCGGAGGAGGGCUACAGCGGCUGGCUCAACUCGGCGGGCAGGCGCUGCCUGCUGGCGCCGUCGGAGCGAGUGCAGCGAUUCGCCGCCUCCGCCGCGGCCGCCGGCCAUGGCGCAGCAGCCUCGCAGGGCAACGGCAACGGCGCCAGCCCCCAAGUUUCUGGCGGUUAUGCGGCCGCGUUGGGUCCCAGCGAUUUGGAGCGAUGGCUUGUGUCGCUGUUCGUGACGCUGGAGGAGCAGCUGCUGCCGCAGAUCUCGCUCUCGCCGCACUGCCUCUUCCACGCGCACCUCUUCCUGGCGCAGCCGCCCAAUCCCGACACGGCGCCCGUCGCCAUCGAGACCUUCGGGCGGGCCCCGCCGCCCACCGCCGCCGCCUCUGCACCCACUGCCUCGCCUGCGUCCCGCCGCCACGGGCAUCCUCAGCACCACGCGGCCGGCGCCUACAGCGGCGCGGACCCCGCCUGCGGCCUGGGGCUGCUGUUUCACGCGUGCGAGUACCCCGCCUAUGACCCCCAGCACUUCCCCUACCAGCUGGGCUACUGCCAGGAGGACAGCCACGUGGUCUACUCCCCGCACCGCAUGGCCACUCGCAACCUGCUGUGGUACCACGGCCAGCUGGUGCAGUUGGACGUGAGCGAGGGCCUCCCGGCGCGCGGGCUGCUGUGGCCGGAGACUCAGGAGCUGUGCACGGUGUACGAGUCGGACCUGGGGCUGCCGCUGGCAGACCUGACCCUGGCCCUGGACCCGGAGGCGGCGGAGGGCUGGCGCCGCCGCCGCCGGGAGCGGAGCAAGCGGCCGCGCGGCGGAAGCCGUACAGCAGGCGACGGCGCUGGGGAGGAGGACGUUGCGCUGCUUGUGAGCGUGCGCGGCAGUGGGAAGUAAGAAGCAGUGGUUGAGGCGUGCCGGGGAGAGUACGGGGGCGAGCAGAGGAUGGCGGGCGCGGGCGACAUUGUACAUGCAUUGAGAUCUGUGGGGGAAGCUGUACAUAGCAAGGUGGGUAAGCUUGCUUUGCGUAUGAAUUUGCAAAGCCUUUAUGCACGAAAAGUGAGCUGUGAAGAGCGUUGCAGGACCAGAUUGCUGGCGCUUCGAGCGUGCAUGUCAUGUGUAUAGAUAAUGUGUAGUGCAGCGUGAAACUGCUGGUGCAUCUGGUGGUGCAGUGUAGGGAUGUGUGGUCGAUGGCUUGGUUACCGCUGCGGGCGAGUUGUCCUCGCUCCACCCGCAGCUAGUGCCGCCCCAAGCGUUGCGGCGUUGCGCCUGGCCGGACCAGGGGUCGGCGUCAUCGGGCGAGGAGUUGUUUGUCUGGGGCCGGCGGUGCGUCGGCUGGCGGUGGUGGCCUGGUGGGGCGCUGCAAGAUGGUGUAUCCAGCCAUCGGCAGCUAAGACAGCGGCAAGCUCAAGAGCUCGGUCGGGCCAGAGCAGGGGUGCCCCUGGGCCAGAGCCGCACCCAGGGGAGCCGCACCACUGACAACUGGUCGACUGGGCGCGCGCUGCAGGGCACGCGGUUCCUCGGGGACAACGCAUGUUAUAUACUACU